UGUUUUUCCUCUGUUGUCUGUUAAAAUAUCGUCCUGUCAACGCAAUGACAGUUUAAUUUAUAUAGCUUCAUGAGCCCGGAAAGGCGUGCUUAUCGACUAUAGUCCAUUCUUAUGAAGACCUGUAUAAUUAGCACAACGUAGCUCUCACCGUUAUGGUCCCGUGAUAACUGAAACUCACGCUUGCUUGGUGUCAUUUCUCAACGCCGGGAAUUCCACCGAAGGUGUUCACCUGACGAACGACCCACCACUACUUUUUUUGUUUCACAGGGGAAAUACUUCAGAAAGGUAACAUAUUAAAGUGGCUGCGUGACGUCGAGAUGGCCAGCUGCUCGCUGAGGCGCUCACUUGACUGGGAUGAAACCCAGUGCCUCAAAUUUUACGGGUUGCUGUCCCUCCACGAGGUCUUCAAAGUUGUCGGCUCACAACUGACAGACGCCGAUAUCGACGUGCUUUCUUUCCUCCUGAGUGAAACCUGCGCCCCCGUUCACCCCAUGGACCCCGCCGGCUGGACGGUGAAGCCUGAAGAAGACAACCCGCUCAACCCCGGCGAGGCCCCGAGUCCCAAGCUCCUGGCGGCCUGGAAGCGCUUGCAGUCGCAAGGCUUCCCCCAGCCUAUGGUGGCCUGGUUCAAGCCCAGGAGCGGACUUGAGCUGUUGCUUGAGCUGGAGAGGCGAGGGUAUAUUAGUGAAGGCAACCUGGAGCCACUUCUGCAGCUCCUCAGGGUCCUCACCCGACACGACUUGCUGCCUCUCGUGUCCCACAAGAGGAGACGAACAGUGUCUCCAGAAAGAACUGACAAACGAAGCCUGGUAGAACACAGAGAGUUGUUGUGCACUUCUGGCCCGAGGGUGUCCUCCUAUAGACAAGCAGAAAUGUCUCUUCCUUCCUCCACACAGCAAGUGAGAACAGGGUUUGACCCUCCAGUGGCUGGAGGCUCCCUGCAGAGGAGAAGACGACGACGAAAAGGGCACGGCUGGAGUCGCAAGCCCAAGAAGACCAGCAGGCAGGCCCAGCAACUGCCACCAGCAGCACCGUCUCAGAAAGCUUCAUGCAACAUCCGCUUGAGGGUGCGGGCCGAGUACCUGGAGCACGAGUCGGCGCUGCGCGACGGCGUGUCGUCAGACAAGCGGCAACCUCUGGAGCGCCAGUUCGAGCUGUUCAGGCAGGCCGACUCACUGUUGCGUGCCCGAGACCUGGGCGCCAUCGUGUGCGAUAUCAAGUUCACGGAGCUGGACAACUUGGAAGCCUUCUGGGUGGACUACCUGAGCGGGGCGCUGCUGGAGGCCCUCAAAGGGGUCUUCAUCACCGACUCGCUGAGGGUGGCGGCGGGCUCCGAGGGCGUCCGGCUGCUCAUCAGCGUGGACCAGGAUGACUACGAGGAAGGCCGCCGGCUGCUGAGUGCUGGCGUGGCCGCCGUCAUCCACUGCCGCCCACAAGGACAAUCACUGAGGGGUGUAGGUGGACUUUAAGCUAUGAUACCACAUCGGCAUGUUGUUGAAAGGGGCAGGGUGUUUUUUCUUUGGCGUAAUGCCUCUAGCGGCCACUAGAUGGCAGCAAGCACAGCUCGUUGACGGUAAGCCUUGACCCUUGGAUUUUGAGUUGAGACAACGAAUGCUUCUGAUUUCCGUUUGAAUUCACAUCCAGGCGACUACCUUAUAAGACAGCAGAAUGAAAGCGGACAUGUUAGGACAAGGCGGAUCAGGACCAACAAAAGGACACACAGUGGUAAGCCGCACUUAACACGAGUCAGAGCUGAAGCCGAUUCAGUUGGGCGUUCACGUGUGUUGCUUGAAAGCCUCAAAACUCGUCCAUUCCAAAUGCCGGUCAAUAGGGGAAAAGUUAAAACUAAAUUAUAAGUGAGACAGCUAACGUUUUUGUUUCAAACUUUUCUGUGACAAAGAAAAAAACAGCCUUUGCCACAGCGCUCUGUUUUCUAGUUGCCCCCAGUCUCCAUUUGGAUAAAAUUUGUUCAUUUUAGUUGUGAUCAUUUUUUUAAAUUUAAAACCGAGGCAAGUCGUAGAAAUCAAUGUUUUGCUUCUCGUUAACAUCGCUCCGUUUUUAUCCUGCCCGUAGUCUCCGCUUGGCUGAAAAUGGUCUCCCUGCUGCAAAAUGUUCAGAGUGGAAAACCAAGGCGAGUAGAAGGAAAAGAAAUCUUUGGGCCUUAACUUUGGAGAACCUUACCAUAGCUCUGGAUCCUGUAGGAUUAUAGCCCACAGGCUCCGUUUAGCUGGAGCGGCCGCAGUCUCCUUGCAGAUGACAUUUCAAAACCAAGCUGACCGGAAAAAUGAGUCAAAAAAGGUUGCUGCUCAUUCUUAACUAGGGAUGCUGCAAUUUCGUAUUCUACCUUUGCACUUGGCUUCAGCACUUUGAUUUUGUGCUGCCCAUAGUCUCCUUUGAGGUUAACUUUGUUUCCCUGCUGCAAUAUAUAUUUAAGUGGAAAACUGAGACGAGGAGAAGAAAAAUAAAGAUCUGUGCAUCAUAACUUAAGGAGCUUCUUUCCCUUAACUAUCGAAGCUCUAGUCUCGCAGUCCCAUCGUCCCCACUUGGCUCCAGCGCUUUAUUUUAUUGCUCACAGUCUCCCCCGAUAAAAUGUUUACUCUGUUUGAAGUCGAAAACCAAAGUGACCAACGUGGUCUUUGCAUCUGUGGACAGCAUCACCCUUAAAUCCGGUCACAACAGUAUACUAUACUCAGACUGCCCACAGUCUCAUUUUGGAUACAAUUUCUCUCCUGUCCACAAUAUUUCUGUACUAUAAGUGGGCAAAAAGAUGUUGCAUCUUAACCUUAACUUGAAACAUUGCAGUGUCACACUUAACUCCCAGCUUUUUUUUUUUCCUGUUAACCACAGUUUCCUUGCGGAUCAAGUUUGCCGUCUGACCAUAACUAAUUUUGCACUUGGAAACACGUGUCGAAAAAUCCCCCCCCCCCUUUUUUUUUCUUAUACAUGCUACAGAAGCUCACCCUUAGCGUUAUCAUACACAAUCUCCACUUGGCUCCAGUGCUCGCGUUUUCACGUUUGACAUGGUUUCCUCGGGAAUAAAAAUGUUGUCACCUUGCUGUAAUAUGUUUGAAGUCGAAAAGUGAGGCGAGGAAAAAAGUCAUCUUUGCGUCUUAACUUUGGUGACACACAAACACGCUCUCUUAAGAUAAGCGAGGCGAGUCCCGGAUUGUCCUAAGAAGAUAACCCUGCGGCGUGUGAUUGCUGUGGUCAGUGGUCAGCUUCCGGCUUCAGCACACCGUGGACAAGUCAUCAUCACAGCUGCCGGGAUGAUAAUUUCAGAUGUGUGUGUGUGUGUGUGAGCUUCAAGUGCUUCCCUCAGCAAGUCAUACGCGUACAAGACUGGACAGUGUGUCGCUCAAUACGAGUGAUGUUGGGGAGAUCAAAAUCCAAAGUGCGCACACCCGGGGUGCGAUCAUCCCUGCUAGAGUGUCUUUGACGGAACCCUGUCUGGUCACCGUGCCGGAACUAAUGCCCAGACUUCACUUGGAGACGGCGAUCAAUAAGGCCCCCCUGCUUUCGUGUGGAAAACCACUAGAAGAAGACUGGCCUGGGCAGAAGGGCUCGACUCCGCGGGCCCGGACAGGAGGUUUUUGGGGCGGGGUUCCUUUUUUUUUUUUUGGGACGGGGGUGUUUAUUUUUUUGUAAAGGUAAUUAUGUUAAAGGGAAAAUAUAUUUCUUGAGAACUUUGUUUAAAAACAAAUGCGUGCCAGUUCACAUUGUGUUUAACUAUAUUCAGAAGCUAAUAUAUCAUAUGGGUGAAUACUAAUACAAUUAAUAAAGGUGUGGUUGCCCUUAA